AUCCCAUCAUACUUGAAGAAGAUUACCAAAUGAUAUACAUGUUAUUUUUGUUUAGCAAGACAUAUGACCUAGUUGUUAAUAAUGGUCUUAUAAUUGAGGAGGAUGAAACGAGAUUUUGCGUGAUUUAGAUGGGAAUUCCUGUAUCGACUGUAAACAUUUGAGCAGAGUUUAUAGAUUUUGCUAAAUAUUAUAAUAAUUGUUACAGGAUGAACAGAAUAUUACGUAUAGUCUAGCACAAUAUGUAUUUUUUAAUAUAUAUUACAGUGUUUUAUUAAUAAGUUUGAGAAGAGAUUGACUGAUGUUACCGUGACAAAAGACGAAUGACUCAAGAUGAUGCUGGUGAACCGAUACCGCCCCAUCCUCUACCUCCAGUACCUGCUGCUCACAGUCGACCUGUUCAUGAACUCCUUCACCGAGAUGCUCAGGUUUCAGAAUGUUGUCCUGCUCAUCCUGUUUGUAGUUCAAGACAUCUGUAUCCUGUUCUCGGUGAUUGUCGUCUUCCUCAUGUUCUUCAACACCUACAUCUUCCAGGCCGGCCUCGUCAACAUCCUGGUGAACAAGUUCCGUGUCGCCAUCAGCGUCACCUUCAUCUACUUCGCUCUCUGUAUCGGCCUCCAUGUUUAUGGAAUGACUCUGCGAUGGGAUGAUCCAAAUAAAUAUAUUUGGGAUAACACUGGCUACAGAGUGUUGUAUGUCUGUCAGAGAACUGUUGCUGUUUUCUAUUAUUAUUUCUAUAAGAGAACUGCAUUAAAAUUGGGAGAUCCAGUUUUCUAUCAAGAUUCUCUUUGGAUUCGUAGAGAGUUUGAGAAGAGAAGAUAGGACAGCUGUUAUAUAUAUAUAUAUAUAUAUAUAGUAGGUUGACUGUGUUUUAUAAAGAUUCCAGCUGAAUUCAUACAGCAUGUGAGAAAAGGAGAGAAAAUAUCAAAAGAACUAUAAUCAACUUAGGUCAUCUACUGUUUUGUUUAGAACUGCAUUAAAAUUGUGUGGAUUUUAAGUUUUAUGAAGUUUAUAGCUGAAUUCAUAGAGUUUGAGAAGAAGAAAAAUAUAUUUUAGAACUUCGAUAUUAAGCUUAGAUGAUCCAGUGUUUUAUCUAGAUCCUGAUUGGAUUUUGGCAGUUUGAAAACAGGGCAUGCAUGUACACGUAGGAAGAAUUUGGUAAACGUCAUUGAAAUUAGAUGCAUUCAUUGUGCUAUUAAGAUUUCAAAUUCAUGUGUAGAUUGUGAACAUUUUUAGAAACGUAUUAAAAUUACAUUUAGGUGGAUUUUGUUUUACAUCUGGAUCCGUAGAGCAUUUGAGAAGAUGAGAUGGAUUUAAAAUAUGGGCUUUGUAAUAAAUAUUAUUUGACAAUAGUUGAAUAUGAAGUACCUUACAGCUGGACAGUGCAUUACUUCACACACACCAUAUAAUCAAAGUGCUUUCUUCCGUUGAUGGUAUAAACUGACAGCAAGACAUCUGAAUGACCGAUGAUUAUGUAUGUGGUUAGUGAUACCUGAAAAAAUUAGAUUUUAUUAUCAUUGAAAAAUUCCCAGUUCUGCAUAUGUACAUGUACACCUUUAUUAACUGAUUUUUAAAUGCCUUUAUGUUGAUAUUGUGUUUUCCGUCCAUAUGUCUGUCAAUUUUUUUAUUUUUUUAUUAUGACUAAUUUCCAUGUAACGAAGAUAAUGAACAUGAAAAGGUUAUUUUAAUUUUACUGUGGAAAACUAGAUAUAUACUGGAAUUCAAUUAUGAUAUGAUUGACAGUAAUGUAUUAAGUACGGGUUUGCAUUGACGUAAAUAUGUGUUCAUAAAGAAUAUUUCUUUAAAAUAUUUGUGUCACUGUCACCCAACACCUGUGGGUUUUGCGCAUAGUUUUGGAUGACUGUCGUAUGGUAAAAGUUGAUGGUAUCGGUCAGUAUGCCCCUGAUUGUCUCCCAUUAUAUCUCAUUUUUCAUAUACUUUGAUAGCUGAUGUAGUUUUGAUGCUGGGGUGUCAUUAAACAUUCAUCCAUUCAUUCAUUCUUAGCCGCCACAUCUAAUGCUAAUACAGUAAGACUUGCAGACAGGACAAGCCUAUGUAUCAGUCGCGUCUCGGAGUGAGUGAUUCAAUCUACCACAGGCCAGUGUGUCACUGACCUGCAGUUUAACUACCUGAAGACUGGUGGGGAAGUGUAUCAUGUGAUAUACUGAGUGUCUUUUAUAAUUAUUUAUGUUACAUGUCAGUAUGUUAUUACCAUGCUUCUCAAAUAAAAUAUAUAUUUAAUUUUUA